AUGAUGGAGAUCAUUUCGCAGAAGCUGCUGAGAGGCGGCGGGGGGUAUAAGUAUGAAAGGCUCGACCGUCAGACGGAGCCUGCGAUCUUCACGAGGGAGGUCUUCGUCUUGAGUAUCGUUAUGGUUUCUGCUUUGUUGGCUGGAGUUGUACUCCUUACUGGAGUAUCUGCCCAAUCCUCAUACGGCUCUGGAUCUGGAUCCUCCGGCUGUGACAGCGUUCAGAAUGGAUACCAAUGCUCGCCAGAGAUCUCCCGCUUCUGGGGUCAAUACAGCCCAUUCUUCAGCGUGGAGUCCUCCAUCCCAGAUGUGACUCCACCACGAUGCAGCAUAACUUUCGCUCAAGUCCUGUCUCGUCACGGAGCCCGUGAUCCCACGGCAUCGAAGACGAAGCUUUACAAUGCCACGAUCCAGAAGAUUGAUGCCAACGUUCAGUCGUACCCUGGAAAGUAUGCGUUCCUCAAGGACUACCAGUACACCCUCGGAGCAGACCAGCUCACCACAUUCGGUCAGCAGGAGAUGGUCAACUCGGGUAUCAAGUACUACCAGCGCUAUGAGCAGCUUGCCAGCCGCUUGACGCCUUUCGUGAGAUCAUCUUCCGAGGCUCGCGUUGUUGAGUCCGCGCAGAAUUUCACUCAAGGCUUUCAUAGUGCUAAGGUUGGGGACUACAAGAAGGACUCUGCAUAUCCUUACCCAAUUCUGUCCAUCUCUGAAGCUGAGGGCUCCAACAAUACUCUCAAUCACGAUCUCUGCGACACUUUCGAAGACGGCCCAGACGACUCGAUCGCGUCAAAUGCUCAAAAGACGUGGAUGAACGUCUUUGUACCUGCCAUCCAGUCCCGUCUGAACUCCAAUCUCAAGGGCGCCAAUCUGACGCAGACUGAAGUCAUCUACAUGAUGGACCUUUGCCCAUUCAACACAGUAGCCUCCCCCACGGCGGCCAUCUCUCCUUUCUGCGCCUUAUUCACUGAGCAAGAAUGGCACCAAUACAACUACUACGAGACUUUGAACAAGUACUACGGCUACAGCUACGGCAACCCUCUCGGCCCUACACAAGGUGUCGGCUUCACGAACGAGCUGAUAGCCAGAAUGACGAACUCUGCAGUCAAGGAUGAGACUUCGACCAACCACACUCUGGACGACAGCCCAGCCACCUUCCCUCUAGGUCGUGCUCUGUACGCCGACUUCAGCCAUGACAAUGACAUGACUGCCAUCUUCUCGGCGAUUGGGCUAUACAAUGGCACUGCGCCGUUUUCGAACACUAGUAUCACCGAAGCUCAGAACGCAAAUGGAUACAGCGCAGCUUGGACAGUUCCCUUCGGAGCAAGAGCAUACUUCGAGAAAAUGCAAUGUGCCGGAUCUCGCGAGGAGUACGUUCGUAUCAUCGUCAACGACCGUGUUCAACCUCUCAAGCAAUGUGGUGGCGACGCACUGGGACGUUGCACGCUGAGCAAGUUCAUCGACAGUCUCGGCUUUGCAAAGACGAAUGGACACUGGGAUCAAUGUUUUAUAUAG